AUUCAAGGCACAAAAGAAAAUUGCAACGCGAAUAAAAAUUAACGUUAGCAAAGAUAAUUAACUUGCAUAGUUAUGUCCGCUGGCCUUGUAAAGACGCCAACUGUUGGACGUGGAAAAGAUGUGAAUAGCCCCAAUGGCAGCAGCAGCAAAAAAUUAGUACAGACGCGCUUGCCCUUUAAGCUAAUAACGCCCGCGGCGCCCCUAACGCCAUCGACAGCAAGUGCAUCGACAGCGGCAGCCGAGACAACGUCAGCGGCCGCAUCGGAGCCCGUUGUGAUUGUUUUGGAUGACGAUGAAGCUCUCGUGAAGGAGCCGCGCAAGCGCAAGUUAUCCUAUGGCUCCGACAAGGAGCGAUCAACAAUACCCGCAGCCGAAUCUGCCAAUGAUCAACAGCUGCGCAGGUCGAACAGCAAGGAGAAUUUGAUCGAGGGGGUGAUGGUGGUGGCAAAGACGGUCAGCAAGAAGCCAAAGGCAAGUGAAGCCGGGGAUGAUGGUGUUAUUGAACUGACCGAGGAGGGUGAUGAUAACAAUGAUGAGGCGGAAGCAGUCAAUGGGAACAAGAGCAAGUGUGUGGCUGGCCACUCCCCGCUUAUACAAAUUAAGCUGCCGCUGAAAAAGAAGCGCACCAAGCGCACAAAAUCCUCGAGAAAAACGGAUGAGACGCCAGACCUGCAGGCGGUCAAGGCGGCAGAACAGAGCUACUCCAGCGAUGACAUUGAAGCCACUGCCGUGGAACUGAAUCCGCGGAAACGCGCAAAAGUGGUUCAGGUGGAGAGCGUGCCGGCGAAGCCGGAGGCAAUGGAAAUUGAUGAGCCGGUGAUGGACAACGAAAAUGGUAAUCCAGCUCCUAAAGACCUUGAAAAGGAGACAAAUGAUCAGGCCAAGUCCGUUUCUCAGCCGGAAUCCCAAAUCAUUACGGAAUCAGAGUCAAAAAGCAAAACAGAUGGGGAAAAUUUCUACAGCAGCGAUGAAAAAUCCACUUCCGAGGCAAAGACUGAUGGCCAAGUGCAGUCAGAUGCUGAAGUCGUGCAUCUAGACAGCAACGACGAGGAAAAGACCAGCGAUAGCGAUAGUAAAUCCAAUGGCGAACAGUCCAGCACGGACAUGGAGGUCGAAACGGACACUCUAAACAAAACCGCUUCAGAUAUUCAGGAGGUGUCUGGCAUAAAAUCUAAACUAACCACAGAAGGUACCGACGCCCCAUCCUCUAAGAACCUUACGCCCAAACAGCAGAAAUUACUUGAGCAACGUAAGAAAGCACGCGAGGAAAAGGAACGCAAGCUGCAGGAAGAAAGAAUGCAGAAGCAACAGGAGAGAGAAGAGCGGGAGCAGGCCAAGAAACGGGAGCGUGAACAGAAAGAGGAGCAGCGACGCAAAGAGCGCGAGGAAAAGGAGGAGCAGAAACGCAAGGAGCGUGAAGAGCGCGAACGAAAGCGUCAAGCCGAAGUUGAUUCCAAAAUGGAAGAGAAGCGCAAACGCAACGAGGCCAAAGAGGAAGUGCAACGGAAAAAGGACGAGGAACGUCGCCGCAAAGAGCAAGAGAAGGAGGAGGCCCGAGAAAAGGAAGAGCUCAAAAAGAAGCGCGCCGCCGAAUCCUUUUCCAAAUUCUUCGUGCAAAAGCAACCAAAGCCCAGCCAAGACAAUAUCUGCGACCAUGAGCAGAGCAGUUGCGACAGCGGGAACAGCCAGCUUGAACGCAAGUUGACCUUCCGUCUCGCUUUCCGUCCAUUCCAAGUUAAGGGCGACAUGCUGUUGGCGCCUGUCCUCCGCAGCACAUUAGAUGAGGAACAGCGCAAGCAGCUGGACACGUUGGUGCAUCACAGACCGCAAAAACUUGAAGGGGCUGGCGAUGGUGACCACGAUGAUGACGAGGAGGAGGACAUUGUGCGACGCAAGCCGCCAACACGGGCUCAACUUUAUCUGAGCGAACUGCGUCUUGGUCGCCACAAACCAAAGCACACACAACGUGAUGCCGCCUUAAUUAGUCGCCCUAAGGACGAUGACGAUGAAGAGGAUGUCCAGAUUGUUGGUGAUUUGUCCACGCCAGGCAUGCCCAUUCUAGAAGAGAAACCCAAACAAUUGCCGCCUAUGCGCGCCAAAUAUUUGCACUUCUCGGACAAUCGAAGACCGCCCUAUUAUGGCACUUGGCGCAAGCGCAGCAAUCUCAUCAAGGCUCGGCGUCCCUUUGGGCAAGAUAAGAGUCAUUUUGACUACGAAAUCGAUUCGGACUGCGAGUGGGAGGAGGAGGAACCGGGCGAGUCGCUGAGCGCUAGUGAGGACGAGAAGGAGCGCGAGUCCGAGGAGGAGGACUACGAGGUGGAUAAUGAGUGGUUUGUGCCACACGGUCAUCUCAGUGACGAGGAGAUGCAAAACGAUGGCGAAAUGGAGGAUGGCAAUACGCGUGAGGCCCAAAAGGCUAAACUGCAAGUUAUGCAACAAGAGUUUGCACAGGAAAUGAAGAAGCAGACGAAGAAGAUCAAACCACGUCUUUGGGGUCCCGUUUGGCUGGACGAGAAUGGUGAAUCGCUGCUCCUGCGUGAGGUCUUCACUCAAACCAUUGACAUGUACGGAAGCUGGCAGCUAGAGCCCUUGUCGCUGGAACCGCCACCCGAAUUGGCGAUUGAGGAGGAGCCGAUGGAGGAGAAGGCCAGUCCAUUGGUGUUAGAUGGAGUGCUGCUCCAACAAUUGGUGCGUCUAAUACAUGGCAAUAGCAAUUCUAAGAUCUUUCUCAUAUCCGAAUAUCUGGAGUAUCUGAAGACGCAAACUGAUUUGACGCUACCCUCGAAAUCGUUGUUGCGCGAAAAAUUCGAUGAGUAUGCGACUUGGAAGCCCGUGGAGCUGGGCAGCCAGGAGUCCAGCAACAACGGCAAUGCCAAUCCGAAUGGUAGUGGCAAUGGUGGUGGCUCUAGCAAGAAGCUGAAGAAGCCCAAGAAACGUCUUUGUUGGGUUGUCAACGCCGAUGUCCUGGAGAAAUUCCAGCUAACAGACUUGACUCUGCAAAAUCAAUGGCAAUAUAUGUUGACCCCAAAAAUCAGCAAUGCUGACACAUCCUUGCGCGAGGAGAAGGAAUCCACACCCUUACCGGACUUGAUAGGAACUAAUGAGUCUACGCCUCAAAGCAAAACGAAACCGGGCAUUACUAAGUUCACGAAAAGCUUGCAAGAACUCGCAAAGUCGCAAACAUCUUCAUCCCCAACAUCAUCUGCAGCCUCAGCUAAACCCACAACUGUAACGGCGACAUCGGUGCCGAAAAAACGCGGUACCCUGCUCAUGUCUGUGCCGCGGGAUCAGCAAUUCCAUGCACCCACAAAAAAUGCUCUCAUCAGUCAGUACCUUAAGAAGCAGAGCGACGAGGCAAAGGCCCGUAAAACGGCAGCAGCAUCGCCAACGCCCGUCGAUGAUGUUGUCCUCCUCUCGGACUAAAACUAACUAACUAACAUCAACCGCAACAUUUUUUAUUCCCUACAGAUUAUUAUAAUUAUUAUUAAUAUAUAUAUAUAUUUUUUUUCGGGUAGUCUUAAGCUAGAAUGUUGGAUACUGGACUCACAAAUGUAUGUUUAUAUUGUUAAUUAUUUUAUAUUGUAGGAAUUCAAGUUGAGCGACUGAUCUGAUCCGUUCGCAGUCCUUAAGCUAUAUUCUACAUGUAAAGUAGCGUCAAUGUAUCGUUUCUUAUAAGUGAGUGCUGCGUUUCUUCGUUGCUAUAUAAAAGGGGCGAUGCACAUUUUCACAUGCUUUCAAUAUUUAUAGUGUUCAAUAAACAAGUAUAUUUAAAUGCA